AUGGGCAAGGCGAUGCCUGCAGCUCUCCCCGGUCCGCCGAGGCCGGACGGCGGCACGUCAAAUGCGGCGAUCGUGACUGGUCAGCUGUCGCGCUUAUUGCCCAUCGUCCCAUCGAACGAUAAUAUUACAUUGCCCCGUUCUAUGGGCCCGCCAGCUAGCCCCGUUUUAUGCUUGGAGAAUCACAGCGAGACGCAGGAGCGAUGUAUUUACCUGAGUCUCCUAUCAGGGUGCUUCGGACUCGACGCUCUCGAACUGGGUUUCACGUCCAUCACUGCGGCACUACCACCGAAAUUGCCUCUGAUAUACGCCUCCGCGGUGGCGGCCGAGGGAAAGACAAGGACGCAAGGGCACAUGACCGGGCUUACGAGCGUCGGAUGCGUCACCCAUGCGCGGCGCAAGGAGCGGCGCCGCCGUGUGCCGACGGACAUAGUAUCGUCUGGUGCGGCGUCGGUUGUCGCUGAUUUCCUGGGUGAUCCCAGUAAUGAAGGGGAUGCUCGGCGACGACGCCGCGGCGCGACAUGCACCGCUACCACUGUUCACAGUCGACAAUCACGACGUCACGACGUCGGCGAUCGUUAA